AUGUGCGACUUAGGUUCCUUUCUAGUUGCAAGAGAUCCCAGCAUAUUAGAAUACAAUAGAUGGCAAUUACCUAAAGUUAAGAUACAAUUUGAUUCCCUAAUGGAGAGUGAUGAUAAUUAUUCAGCUAGCAGUAGUAGCAGUGAAAAUAAAGAGAAUCAAAAAGAGGAGGAUAAUACAUUUCUUAAAGUAUAUUUGAGAAUAAAAGGUGACUGUGAAGAAUAUGAAGAUAUAUAUGAAGUGAACAAAAACAGCUUGACGUGUAAAAAAACGGAUGAUAUUAUAAAAAAGAAUUAUACAUUUUCAAAAAUUUUUGGGCCUGAAGUUAAUCAAACAGAAAUUUUUAACUAUACUGCCAAAUCCAAAUUACUUUCCUUUAUUAAUGGCAAAAGUUCCUCUUUAUUAACUUAUGGAGCUUCUGGUUCAGGCAAAACAUAUACAAUCGUUGGAACACCAGAGGAACCUGGUUUAAUACCUAGAUCUUUAGAAUAUAUAUUUAGAUCCAUUACUGUUGAGCUAAAGACACCUGAAAUAACUCCGUUACCUGAUGGUUUUGUUAAAGAAAUUGAUCCUCCUAUGUUGUUGAAGUUGGAAUCUAAAAAGGCUGUCAUUAUUAAGGCUAUCCACAUUGAUCAAGCAGCUCAUAUAAAAACAUAUAAACAAAUGCAAGCCAGUUUAAGUUCAGAACCAAUAGCAGAAGUUGAGUACAAGGCAAAUGCUUCAGUGAGUGUCUGGGUAUCUUUCUCUGAAAUAUACAACGAAACACUGUACGAUUUACUAGUGCCUCCUGUUUCCAAAGGACUCGCUCGUCCAAAACUUGAACUGGGAAAAACAAGAGACGAUAAUACAUAUAUUAAAAAUCUUACCAUUCUUAAUGUUUCUAACGGUUUAGAAGCUUAUCAGAUUUUACAGUAUGGAUUGCAAAAUCUCAAUUAUGCAGCAACAGCAAUAAACUCGCACUCGAGUAGGUCGCACUGCAUCUUCACUAUAAAAUUAGUGCAGUCGUCAAGGAAUAGUGAUGAAGUGUUCAUCAGUAAUUUUAGUUUUUGUGAUUUGGCUGGUUCUGAAAGAUUAAAAAAGACUUUAAAUUUUGGGGAUCGCCUUAAGGAAUCCAAUAAAAUCAAUACAUCGCUACUAGUUUUAGGAAGGUGCAUGGAAAACAUAAAAAAAUGUCAGCAGAUAAAAGAUAGAAGGUUGAUACCAUUCAGGGAAUCAAAAUUAACUCAACUUUUUCAAAAAGCCUUGAUGGGCUUUGAAAGAUUAGAAAUGAUUGUUAACAUGAACCCAUCUAGAAACAUGUAUGACGAAACUAUUCAUGUGUUGAAUUUUUCUGCUAUAGCAAAACAAAUCAUAAUUGAAGAACAAUUACCAGAAGUUGCAAGAAAAAGGACCAGGUUUUCAUUGCUUUUGGAGAAUAAAGAGAAUGAUCAACGUGCAAACAAAGGUCUUAAAGUGAACGAUGGAGAAUCAACAUUGCUUCCUAAAAAGAAACGGAGAAAAUCUUACAACUCUUUAAAAGAAGAUUAUCAUCAACUUUUAUUAGAGAAAGAAAAUCUAAUAGAACACUAUGAAGAACAAAUAGAUUUAGAAAAAGAUCGCGUUAUCGAAAUUUACAAAGACUUACUUGCUAAGCGUCAGAAGAUGCAUAAUGAGGAAUUAAUGAGGUUGAAAGAAGAAUAUGAACGAAAAUGUGCCGAUGUAAUCUGUGUCAGUAGUGAUGAAAGCGAUUCAGACGAAGAAGAAGACGCUGAUAAGUUGGAGGAAAAUAAGACGAGAUUUAAAAGUUAUUCUCGAAAAGAAUUGAUAAAACACAUCAUGACACUUGAAGAAACUUUAAAAGAGGCAACAGAAGAAGGUUUAUAUUUACGAAGUGAAAUAGAAAGAUACCGUGAAAUUUAUAGAAAUUCUGUAAUGAAGUAUGUAAAGGAGGUAGAAGGAUGUGACAAUGUUGUAUUUAGUCCGUAA